UAAUGGCCAGAUAAAAUAUAUAACCAGAGUGUCAAGAUGAAGAGGCAGAACGUCCGUACAUUAUCUUUAGUUGUCUGCACGUUUACUUAUUUACUAAUUGGAGCGGCGGUAUUUGACGCUCUAGAAUCAGAUGAAGAACUGCGUCGUGAUGGAAUGUUGCAAGAUUCAACCAAUGCCCUUAAACGAAAAUAUAAUAUUAGCGAGGAUGACUAUAAGAUGAUAGAGUUGGUGAUCAUUGAAUUUAAGCCGCACAAAGCCGGACCGCAAUGGAAGUUCGCCGGAGCUUUCUACUUUGCAACAGUUGUCUUAGCGAUGAUUGGAUACGGACAUUCGACGCCUGUGACUGCUGGUGGAAAGGCGUUUUGCAUGGGUUACGCCAUGGUCGGAAUACCAUUGGGAUUGGUGAUGUUCCAAAGUAUUGGCGAGCGACUCAACAAGUUCGCCUCAGUCGUCAUUAGAUACUUCAAGAAGUAUAUGAACUGCAAAAAGAUAGAAGCAACUGAGAUGAAUUUAAUGUUCGCAACUGGGAUGCUUUCGUCUAUUAUAAUAACAACUGGAGCGGCCGUUUUCUCUAGAUACGAAGGAUGGACGUACUUCGAUAGUUUCUAUUACUGUUUUGUAACUUUAACUACUAUUGGUUUUGGAGAUUAUGUCGCUCUUCAGAACGAUAAUGCGCUACAAAAUAAGCCCGGAUAUGUGGCUUUGAGCUUAGUCUUCAUACUAUUCGGUUUGGCCGUAGUUGCUGCAAGUAUAAAUUUACUCGUCCUCAGAUUCAUGACAAUGAAUGCUGAAGAUAUUAGACGGGAGGACAAUGAGCUGCAAUCGUCUUCCCAUCACGUUCUUACGCUGGAUGGUGAAGUGAUGGCUGUUAAUGGAAAGCUCUUGGCUGGACAUGCUUAUGGAGAUGAAGAGAUUUAUCGGGAUAUUGAUGGGAAUUCGGUGUGCUCGUGCAACUGUCUGGGUCUAAACCACGGUGAUAAUCAAGAAUUGCUGCUGGAUGAUUACCAUCCUUCGCAAACUGUUCUCAACUCAAAUCUGAGGGUCAAACGUGCAUCGGUUUGACAUCAGUAAGAUGACUGAUCAAUUAUUUUCGACAUAUUUAAAAAAUCAUAAAUAUUUUAUCUACUAAACAUUUUUGUAUUGC